UACAGACGUCUGACAACCGGUUCCUGAAGAACGACGGGAGCCUGUCCCAAAACCCUGACAAGAAUACGGGGUACACGCUGGAGUUCAGGUCCGGGAAGGUUGCCUUCGGAGACUGCACUGGGAAGUACCUGGCUCCCUCUGGUCCCAGUGGAACCAUGAAGUCCGGCAAGAGCUCAAAGGUUGGCAAAGACGAGCUUUUUGUUCUGGAGCAGAGCCACCCUCAAGUGGUCCUCACCGCUGGCAACGACAGGAAUGUGUCCACCAGGCAAGGCAUGGACCUCUCUGCCAACCAGGAUGAAGAAGGUGACCAGGAGACUUUCCAAAUGGAAAUCAGUAAGGACACGAAGAAGUGUGCCUUCAGGACCUGCACUGGCAAAUACUGGACCCUCACAGCUAAUGGUGGCCUUCAGUGCACUGCCUCUACUAAGUCUGCUAACUGCUACUUUGACAUUGAGUGGCAUGGGAAGAAGAUAACCCUGCGUGCCAACAAUGGAAAAUAUGUGGCUGCCAAAAAGAAUGGACAGCUGGCUGCUACUAUUGACACAGCAG